UGAACCCGGAGUAGGCGGGGCUAGGGCGCGGUGGGCGUUCCCCACCAGUCAGAUUCUCAUUGAUUGGCUGUGUAUGUUGGGGGCGGGGCUUAGCGGUACGUGGCUUCCCAUGCGUGGGUCCUUGGAAGGCCCUUUUUCGAGAGAAAAAGCUCCAGUUUGGGUGUUUAUGGGCACAGGGGUGAUGCUGACCCCCCAAAUCCCUACCCAGGCGGGGACUAAACCCCCCCCACCGCGUCAAGUCCAUCUCCAUGACAACAUUCACUGAGGCCGAGGUGCUGUUCCUGCAGGCACAUGGGAAUGAGGCCUGCAGGCGGGUCUGGCUCGGCACCUUCAACCCCCGGACUUCGCUGCUUCCCGACUCCCGUGACCCCCAGAAGGUGAAGGAGUUCCUGCAGGAGAAAUACGAGAAGAAACGAUGGUACGUGGCACCAGAGCAAGCGAAACCCCCCCAAAGCACCACAGCGGAGCCCAGGCCCCCUCAGCUCCUCCAUACGGACACAGGGACACUGCCACAGCCCCACCCAGCCACCCACCAUCCUCCUCAGCCAUCCCGAAAGGCCAGCACCGACCUCCUGGCUGACAUUGGGGGGGACCCCUUCGCCGGCCCUGCCCCAGGACCUGCCUUUGCUGCUUUCCCUGGCCCAGCCCCACCCCGCUCUGCCUUCCCCAGUUUCAAUGCCUUUGGAACCAGCCCUGGAGCACCGACAUUUGGGGGAGCUGUGCCCCCCUUCCACAUCCCACCCACCACCACAGGAGGUGUGGCUGCACAGGGCGUGGCCACCCCUGUUCUGCCCACAGUGGGAGGAACUUCUGUCAGCCUCUUCAGGACCCUCCGUGACCCCCCAGUGCUGCCCCAUGGCGGCUACACCAACCCAUUCACGGCCCCCGUGGCCCCCAGAGCCUCCACCAACCCGUUCCAGAGCAACGGCCCCGGUGCCACAUUCACCUCCCCCCCUGUUGCUGGGAGGUUCCCCAGCCCCUUCCAGACUGACGAGUUGCCUUCCGGUGGGUUCACCGUUGCCAAAGCUUCCACCAACCCCUUCGUGACGGCCCCGGCCCCGGCGGCGCCGUUCGGCAUCAGGCACCCGACCACCAACCCCUUCCUAUGACCGCAGCUGCUCCUGGGGGGCUCGGCCCGGCCCUCACGGCACCCCCGGCUUGUCGGGGGCCCUGGCAG